AUGCUGUCAACUUGCCGGUCGAAUGCAGGCAAUUUGGGCAAUAUUUUUCUCAUCAUCAUUCCAGGUCUUUGCAAAGAGAAAGCAAGCCCGUUUGGAGCACCUGAUGUUUGUCAGGAUAUUGGACUAGCAUAUUCUUCACUCUCAAUGGCUAUCGGUGCUGUUUUCCUGUGGUCGAUUGUGUAUAACAUUGUUCGUGUCACAUCAAACAUGACGGAAGGAGAUGACAGUGCUCAAACAAAUGAAACGAAAGUGUCAGGAACUAUUGCAGGAGAGAACUACUCCACCUCAAAUGACUGCACCGAUGAAUGUACACUCCCUUUGAUAUCGACGAGCAUACGUGCAGCUAAAAAUAAGAUUGUCGGCUUCAUAAUUGGAGGAAUACCUCUGAUUAGAAAUGCUAUAAUUGGCGACAGCGCCCCACUUCGUGUCCUGCAGGAAUCGUCUGAACUGAUAGGUGGAGGAGCAAUUCCAUCCAUCACAUUGAUAAUGGGAGCAAACCUUCUGAAUGGACUACGAGGUGGUGCAAGUGUUCCACCGUCGGUGAUAGCCGGUGUCAUAGCUGUCAGAUACGUUAUGCUCCCGCUGCUCGGCACGGCGCUGGUGAAGGGAGCAGUCCAGCUGGGCCUCAUCCAGCCAGACCCCUUGUACCAGUUCAUCCUCCAUCUGCAGUACGCCGUGCCACCCGCAAUGAACAUCGGGACUAUAAUGCAGCUGUUUGUCGUCGGGGAGAGCGAGUGCUCGGUGAUCUUCGUGUGGGUGUACGCGCUCGCCUCCGUCGCCGUCACCAUCUGGUCCGCCAUCUUCAUGUGGACCCUGUCGUGA